AUGUCUUCAAUCAACUUCGAUAGACUAGAACGUGUUGAUGUUCAUUCUCAUGCCAUCACUCCCAAAUAUCGCGAGUUUCUCAUCCAGACCGGCCAUCAAAACCCAGAUGGGAUGCCUGCGAUUCCCGAAUGGACACCAGAACAACAUAUCUCCUUGAUGAAAGAAACUAACAUCACUACCUCAAUCCUCAGCAUCAGCACUCCAGGUACUUAUCUCCUACCUUUCAAUCAGUCCCUCACGAAGGAAAUAUCCCGCACCACCAACAUUGAGCUUUCCGAAAUUUGUGCUGCCUACCCUCAGCAUUUCCGCUUCUUUGCCUCUCUCCCUCUCCCAUUUGUCGCAGAGUCUAUAGCCGAAAUCGAUUAUGCUCUCGAUACCCUGGGUGCCGUCGGAUUUUGCGUCCUCUCGAACGCCAAUGGCGUCUACAUGGGUGACAAAGCUCUCGACCCUAUUUUCGACAGACUGAAUGAACGCAAAGCUAUCAUUCUUAUGCAUCCAACAUCCUGCAAAAUUCUAUCCCAUGCCCACUGUCAAAGCGGUGCAGCCGCUUCAGACUCGGACUGCGGAACGGAAAUGACGGUCGUCAACCCGCUUCAAAUUCCUUCAGGUCUCCUAGAAUACAUGUUUGACGAAACCCGGGCAGUCGUCAAUCUACUUCUCUCCGAGACCAUAACUCGCUGUCCUGACAUCAAAUUCAUCAUGUCUCACGCAGGAUGCGUGCUUCCUCUUGUUCUUGAGCGUGUUGCUGUUGCCAUGCAGACUUUCUUCGGCGCUGGGGUGGAUUCUAAUGAUAUGAAACGGCUCCUCAGAGAGAGAUUUCAUUUCGAUCUUGCUGGGCUGCCGUGGCCGGACAUGAUUCAUGCUUUGUUGAGGAUUGUAGGUCCGGAGAGGCUGGUAUAUGGGAGUGACUACUGCUGGACGCCACCGGCUUUGGUGAAGACAUUGAUCCAGAAGAUGGACGAGGGAGCUGAAGAGAUAUGGAGAGAGGAUACCAUCAAGGAAGUUUAUGCGGGGAAUGCAAAGAAGCUGUUCGGGCUAUAG